GACAUAUACCCAAUGAAAAGAUUGCUAUAUGGCUGAAGGACUGCAGAACGCCGCUGGGAGCGUCCCUGGAUGAACAGACCAAUCCAGCAGGCUUUCCGAAGGGAAUGAUUUUAAAAAAUGGCUGCAGUUUUGAAGAUGACUUGUCUCUCGGGGCUGAAGCAAAUCAUCUCCAUGAAAGAAACUUGCCAAUGGAGCACCCAUUCGGAAUGCUGGCAAAAGACCGUAGAUUUCAGUUUCAUCAGAAAGGGAGAAGCAUGAACUCUACGGGAUCUGGGAAAAGCAGUGCAACUGUAUCAAGCGUAUCCGAGUUGCUAGACCUCUAUGAGGAAGACCCUGAGGAAAUUCUUUAUAAUCUGGGGUUUGGUAGAGAUGAGCCAGACAUUGCUUCUAAAAUACCAUCAAGGUUUUUCAACAACUCCUCCUUCGCCAAUGGGAUCGAUAUCAAAGUGUUUUUAAAUGCUCAGAUGCAGCGUCUGGAGGUGGAGAAUCCAAAUUAUGCCUUAACAAGUCGUUUUCGUCAGAUUAAAGUUCUCACAGAUGUUGCAAACGCAUUUUCGUCAUUAUAUUCUCAAGUUUCUGGAACUCCGCUCCAACGAAUAGGCAGCUCCAAAUCUCUAACAACAUCUACUACUGUGGAACCCACCAAACCAGCACCUCUUACUAGGGCUUCCAGCCAGACUGCCGCUAGACUAAUGGAGACUUUAUCAAAACUUAAUUUAUGUCGAGCAGCAGGGGAUGCCAAUUCUGUCCAGUCUCCAGAUGACGGAGGGCAGUUAUCGAAGAAUAAUGAAGAGGAAGGAAGUAAAAAUGAGCUGAAGGCACAGAAGCUGUUCAAAAAGAAUUUGUCACCUCUUGCUACAGUUAAAGAGGAAGCCUCAUCUUUACUUGCAACAGAUUUGAAUGGUCAUGAUAUUUCUACCCGUCCAAAAGAAAAUGGUGUUGACGUGGACCCUUUGCGUGAACCCAACAGCAUUAAACCGCAAGAAACCUCCAUGAACUCAGUUGAGUAUAUGUCUUCACAAAUCGCAGAUUCUGGGUUUAAAGAUUUGAGUGUAUCCACUGAUCAGGAUUGUGAGAAUUACCUAACAGAAAAAAAUCCACAGACAUCCACCCCAGACAAGGAACUAUUUGCCCCAAAUCCUUCAAUUGCAAGUCUUCUAACGCAGGCAAAGGAGUCUUUUGAAUUAGAAGAGUUGCAGAGCACUGAGGAGGAGCCUUCCCAAGUUCCACCCAUAAGACAGUUGGCCUUGGAAAAAAGCAAAGAUAAUCUGCUGAGAACUGCAAGCCAGCAUUCUGACAGCAGUGGCUUUGCUGAAGACACAUCGGGUGACUGCCUAACAAAUUCCCUUCCGGUUCAAGACUCUUUGCAAGCAAUGGGAAGUAGUGCUGACAGCUGUGAUAGUGAAACAACAGUAACUUCUGUAGGAGAGGACCUAAGAACCCCACUUGCAAUUGAUCAGAGCGAAUCCAUUGACUUAGAUGAUGAUGAGUUUCUAACUCCUGUUGAACGAAAAUCAUUUUUUGAGGAUAACGAAAUAAAAGAGCACAUCCUAAAGGCCAGUACACUAGGCUUAAGUCAACAUGAGGUGUGCGAAACCAGCGGGGACCUCAGCGCUGCUGUGGAUAAUGCUCAGGACGUAAGUGAGGAGGAUUCUGAAUUACAGCAGGACUGUACAGAAGAUGGUGAGUUGGAAACACAAAGUGAUUAUGCAGCUAUCUCUUACACCACUCACCAUAUAUCGGAAACAUUGGACAGUUUUUCAGACUAUGAUGGCUAUUCUGGUUUUAGUAGAACUGAUUCAAAUUCUGUGGAUCGUGUUAAUACUGCGCUACAGAGGGCUCAAAAGAAACUGUUUGGAUCUACUGAGACUGUGGGGACAAGGACUGGGCGUAGCACAGUGUCUUCAAAGGACCUGCUGAAACGGAGGCACAAGUUCUCAACCUCUGGAUACCCAUUAAGGAGGACUCAGUCUUUGCCUUCUGCAAUUUUAAAUCCUGUAAAAGUGGUAUCCAAAGUCAACAUUGUCUUGAAUUCUGGCAAAGCAACUGUGUGUAGCCCCCCAUCAUUUUCCUACAAGUAUACCCCAGAGGAAGACGAAUCUUUGGAGCAAAUAGAUGAAGUAGACACUACUAAAUCCAUGGCAUACACGUUCCCGGUGUCGGAUACCAAGGAGGCCCAAAAAAGUAACCAGGGUCAAGUGUCAGAAGAUCAACUUAACAGAUCACAUUCUUGCACAAUACAUACCCCAUCACAUAGAUCUCAUUCCUCCUGCUCUCUCCAUUCCCUACAAUCUGACUGGCAUGAGCGACCGCUAUGUGAACAUUCAAGAGCAUGGAGCACACAUAGCGUUCCUAACUUUUCUGGUGCUACAUGCGGUUCAGUAAUGUCCCCAUUUUCCUGUUCACUUAAUCAAAGGUUUGGAUAUGGAUCACUUCACAGAUCCUGCUCCGGUUGUGCUUUGCCUAUAAGCUCUCCUCCUUCCACUACUGAAAUGCAGCUACGUCGGGUGCUACAUGACAUCAGGAGUUCACUACAGAAUCUUUCACAGCACCCAGUAAUGCGGGGGAAUGACAUGGCUGCAGCUGGCAUCUUUAACACCCAGAGGUCAUCCAUCUUAUCGCUUUAUGAAAAUACUUUCCAGGAACUUCAGAUAAUGAGAAGAAGUUUAAAUCUCUUUCGCACACAAAUGAUGGAUUUGGAGUUGAAUAUGUUACGGCAGCAGACUAUGGUUUAUCAUCAUUUGUCUGAAGAUGAGAGGUAUGAGGCAGAUCAGCUGCAGGGACUGAGGAAUUCUGUGCGAAUGGAACUGCAGGAGUUAGAACUUCAGCUGGAUGAGCGAUUGCUGACUCUUGAGGAGCAACUCCGCAAUUACCACAUCUCCUCACCUUUCCAGCGACAGGUGGCUAUGGGUAUGUAUGGAGGAAGAGGAAGUACUGACAGUCUGGUGUUCACCCCUUCUUUGAAUGUCAUGGAACCAGUGACAGAGUUGAUUCGAGAACAGUCACACCUAAAGUCAGAGUUGGGUCUUGAAGACAGUAGAUUGGAACAUGGAGCUGACCGGUGUGAUUCUGUCUCAUCUCAAGCAGCCUCUGACUCAUCUUCCGUUUGCUCCAGUCCGCUAUAUAGAAACAGGAAAGGUCCACUAAACACUUCUGACAUUGUUGAUAAGCCAAAAGCUCAAACCUCUCCGAGCAAAUCUGUAUACCGUGCUUCUGUUGCUCUAACACCGAGCCCUCCAGUAAGAGCCAAUCAGAAUACUACAACAGAAUCUCGAGAAGAACCUGGAACCUUUAAGUUGGAUUCAGCAGAGAAGUCAGAGUUGGAAACUGUGACACCUGUAUCUGAGGGGGGAACACGCUGGAAUCCUGAAGAAAGCAGAGAAUUGCAACAAGUAAUUAAAGAGAUCAAAGAAUCUAUUGUUGGGGACAUCAGACGAGAGAUCGUAAGUGGACUUCUAGCAGCAGUAUCUUCUCCUAUUCGCUCAUUGGAUGGAAAAACAGAUGGGAGAAUUUAA